AUGCCUGCAAUAUUGGACGAAGGCAUCAGGGUUGCCAUUGACCGGGGUGGGACAUUUUGUGACUUUUGGGCGCAAAUUCCUGGCCAAGAAGAUGACCUCGUCUUCAAACUGCUGUCUGUCUGUCCAGACGAAUACCCAGAUGCCCCAACAGAGGGAAUUCGUCAAAUUCUGGAAAAGGCCACGGGGAAAUCUAUACCAAAAGGAUCGCUGCUGGAUCUCACUCCUAUAGAAAGCAUACGUAUGGGGACAACGGUCGCCACGAAUGCCCUUUUGGAACGAAAGGGGGAAAGAACAGCCUUGCUGAUCACAAAGGGUUUCGCUGACCUUUUGAUCAUCGGCAACCAAGCCCGACCCAAGAUUUUUGACCUGUCUGUACAAAAGCUGGGCAAGCUUUAUGAAAAGACAAUUGAGAUCGAUGAGCGUGUCACUGUGGAGGGCUUCUCUGAGGACCCCGAUCCCGAGCCAAUCGACGUCAACAGUGACCCAUCUCUAGUAAAGGGACUAUCAGGGGAGCCGCUUCGCAUACUGAAACAACCAGAUCUAGCCGUUGUCAGGACGAGCCUGGAGCAGCUUUGGGCAGAAGGGUUUCGCAGCAUAGCUGUUGCGUUGAUGCAUUCUUACAACUUUCCGAAUCAUGAACUCCAAAUUGGCGAGCUUGCACGAGAGAUGGGCUUCAAGGUAUCACUUUCUUCCCAACUACAAAGCAUGAUCAAACUUGUCCCUCGUGCACAAUCUGCAGUAGCCGACGCGUAUCUAUCACCUAUCACAGCAGAAUACCUGGAUCAGUUUCGACGAGGUUUCAAAGGUCAUCUGGAGGACGAACAAAGCAACAAGUUGUUCCUAUCGCAAUCUCAUGGUGGACUGGUCAAGCACACAGAGUUCACUGGUUUACGAGCCAUUUUGUCUGGUCCAGCCGGUGGCGUCAUCGGAUUCGCAAAGACUUGCUACGACCCUAACGAAGGAACAGCAGUUCUUGGUUUCGACAUGGGAGGGACAAGUACCGAUGUAUCACGUUACGGCGGCACAUUGGAACACGUUUUUGAGAGCACUACCGCGGAGAUUUCGAUCCAGAGUCCUCAACUCGACGUGAACACGGUAGCCGCCGGAGGUGGCUCUAUUCUGCAAUGGAGCAAUGGUCUGUUCAAGGUCGGCCCAGAGUCUGCUGGCGCAAACCCAGGUCCCGUAUGUUAUGGAAAUGGGGGACCUCUCACCAUAACGGACGCCAACUGCUUCCUGGGUCGAGUACUGCCCGAUUAUUUUCCCCGCAAGCUUCACUUUGAUCGCGUGGCGAAAGAAUUUGAAAAGCUCACGGAUCUUGUGAAUGAGGAAAAGCACGGAUCAGAUCGGCUCACGCCAGAGCAGGUUGCAAUGGGCUUCAUUGAUGUCGCCAACGCGACCAUGGCGAGACCGAUUCGUAGCCUCAGCGAAGGCAAGGGAUUUGAAACUGCUUCGCAUAAUCUUGCUUGCUUUGGUGGUGCUGGAGGCCAGCACGCGGUCGCAAUUGCAAGAGACUUGGGAAUCCGCCGAGUCCUCAUCCAUCGACUGUCCAGUAUCCUUUCAGCGUUCGGCAUGGCAUUGGCUGACAUAGUUGUCGAGAAGCAAGACCCAGAGGCGCUAGUGUACGGACCGGAAGCAGGCGACCAUAUCUCUCAAAGGUUCCAGUCUCUUGAGGACAAAGCUGUAAUGGAAUUGGAGGCACAGGGCAUCGCAAAGCAGCGUGUUCAUCAUGAAUUCUUCCUGAAUAUGAGGUACAGAGGCAGCGACACCGCUCUCAUGAUUGAACAACCCGAGAAUCGCGACUUUGAGGCUGCAUUUGUAGACCGUCAUCUGCGCGAGUUCGGAUUCGUUCAGCAUCGCGACAUUCUUGUCGACGACGUGCGCGUGAGAAGUGUUGGCAAGGCAAUGGACAUUCCACUGAAGAGCCCGUAUGAAAAGAUCAAUGAUUGGGAAUCUUUUCCUUAUCUUGACCCUUCUACAGCAAAGUCUUCGCGGAAAGUAUACUUUGGGGCUACUGGCUGGACCGAUGCAGCCGUCUUUCAUAUUUCUGCCCUACCAAAGUACACCAAAGUCAGAGGACCUGCGAUUGCGGUUGACGCGACACAGACCAUUCUUAUUGAAGAAGACAGCGAAGCUCUAGUUCUCGAUGAGCACCUCAUUAUCGAUUUGGUCUCACCUAAGAAACGAGAUGUAGAUAUCAACGAGGUUGACCCCAUUCAGCUAUCGGUAUUUGGACAUCGGUUCAUGUCUGUAGCAGAGCAGAUGGGAAGGACACUGCAGAAGACAUCGAUUUCAACCAACAUCAAGGAACGUCUCGACUUCUCGUGCGCCGUAUUCUCUGCAUCAGGCGGGCUUGUCGCGAAUGCCCCUCAUAUCCCUGGGCAUUUGGGUUCCAUGAGCACAGCGAUUCGGUAUCAAGCCAACAAGUACGCUCCCAAUGGGUUGAAGCCCGGCGACGUUAUUCUUUCCAAUCACCCUUGUGCUGGAGGUACACACUUGCCUGAUUUGACCGUGACCACGCCUGUAUUCGACGACGACGAAAACCCCACCGAGAUUAUGUUUUUCGUUGCCAACAGAGGUCAUCACGCCGAUAUUGGCGGCAUCCUUGCUGGUUCCAUGCCUCCAAAUUCGACCGAAUUAUGGCAGGAAGGAGCUGCUAUCGAGUCAUUCAAGAUGGUCAAGGAGGGCAAAUUCGACGAGGAAGGUCUGAUAGAAGAGCUCUAUGUCAAGCCCGGGCAGUAUCCAGGAUGCAGCGGGACUCGAACUUUAAAAGACAAUAUCGCUGACUUGAAGGCUGCCGUGGCUGCAAACAAGCGAGGCAUUCACUUGAUCCAGGCGCUCGUUCGCGAGUAUACUUGGCCCGUUGUUCGCUUUUACAUGGACGCAAUUCAAAAGAAUGCCGAGGAAAGUGUGCGCCAGCUUCUCAAGGACUUUAGCAAGCGCUUUCGAGGGCGUCCACUGAAGGCAGUCGACUACAUGGACGAUGGCACCCCCCUGGCAUUGGAAAUUACCAUCAAUGGCGAGGAUGGCUCGGCGAGAUUUGACUUUACUGGCACCGGUCCCGAGGCCUUUAACAACCUGAAUACGCCAUCCGCAGUCAUGUACUCUGGAAUCAUUUACUGUCUGAGGUGCAUGAUUUCAACCGAUAUACCGCUGAACCAAGGGUGCUUGGCACCAGUAGAGGUAUAUGUUCCUCCGAACACUCUGCUCUCCCCCAGUCUCCAAGCUGCCACGGUAGGGUCCAACGUCGAGACGUCGCAACGUAUUGUAGACCUCAUUUUCAAAGCUUUCCGCGCUUGUGCUGCUAGUCAAGGAACUUGCAACAACCUUACAUUUGGCUAUGGAGGUACAGAUGAAAAAGGGAACACGACCAAGGGCUUUGGAUUUUACGAGACCAUUGCCGGUGGCGCUGGAGCCGGUCCAACCUGGGAUGGUCAAUCUGGUGUUCACACAAACAUCACCAACACGCGUAUCACCGACCCAGAAACGAUUGAGAAACGCUAUCCCGUCAUUCUGCGAGAGUUCUCCAUUCGAAAAGGAAGCGGCGGUGCAGGAUUCCGACGCGGCGGCGAUGGCUGCAUCAGAUCAAUUGAACUUUCUCGUCCAAUGCAGGUAAGUAUCUUGUCGGAGCGUCGCGUAGUGGCUCCGUAUGGAAUGGCUGGUGGAAGUGAUGGUGAAAAGGGCGUCAACCUCUGGAUACGCAAAGACUCUGCGACUGGGGAGACGCGUACGAUCAGUCUAGGGCCGCGAGCCACGACAAUGAUGCAACCCGGGGACUCGAUCAUCAUCAAGACACCCGGCGGCGGUGGUUAUGGCCCAGAUCCCUAUGCUGUCGAAGAGUUUGUCCCACCUGAGGAAUUGGAAAUCAUGCGCGCCGCAAGAAAGAACCCCAUUUAUGGUGCUUCAAUCCCCCGCGCGAAUGGGAGUGUGAGUCAAAGAGAAGCAAUGGGAGCAUCCACCUAG